AUGUCUUCGACCCCGCCAGGCAAAGAUGCCCCCGAAAAUGUCAUCAACCAGCUGCCAACCGCAGACUACCGGCAAACCACGGACAAUGCCCUCGGCAGGCUGCGGACCGGGUCCGUGUCGGUGGCCAAGGAACUGCUGCAGUACAACCCCCAGCUGGGAAUGUGGGCAGCCACGGGGACUGCCAUAGCCCACGCACCCAACAUCACCGACCUGCAGCAGGACGACGUCGAGUUCGACGCCCACGGCCACAGCGCACGUGAAGCCGACACGGCUACUUUGCGAGCGUUUCCCACGACCAUUUCAACCGAGGCACAACAAGCGACAGCCGAGCCGAAAGCACCAUGGACAGUGGUCAUCAAACGUGGACUCGUCGCAGCGGCCAAAUUCAUCCUCACUCCGACCGGCUUCCUCGUCACCAUAUACGGGCUGAACGUGGUGGCAUGGGGCGCAAUGCUGUUCUUUCUGAUCUUGAAGGCGGCGCCUGCCAUGAACCAUCCCGACGACGGCGAUGCAGACUCGUCUCCGCGCAAGAUUUGGAUUGAGAUCGACUCACAGAUCCUGAACGCCCUCUUCUGCCUCACCGCCUGGGGGCUUGCGCCGUGGAGGUUCCGGGACCUGUGCUUCAUUGCAGCCUUCCGCUUCGGCGUCGGGCCAGAAGGCGGGCGAGCUGGGCUCCGCAGGCUGGCUCAACAGAACGCGAGCUGGUUCCGACUUCGUCAGGAGGACGAGGAUGCAGCCAGUGCUGCGCGAGCCACUACCUCGGGCGCGCGUGCGCCGGCGACGAAGUAUUGGAAAUUGGAUUUUGUCGUCUGCAUGUACGUGCUCAACACGCUAUUCCAGGUUGGCAUGGCCUUCAUGAUGUGGAACUACAACCGCAUCGACCGCCCGACCUGGGGCGCCGGCCUGUUCAUCGGGUUGGGCUGUGGCGUCAGCUUGUUUGCCGGCCUCAUGUGCUGGUGGGAAGGGCGCAAGGUCAAGCUGAUCGAGGGGCCGAAGCUUGUCGCGAAGGAAGUGUCGUAG